AUGUGGCCUGGAGUACUUCCGUCCGACAGUCCGACAGCCCAAGCCCCCCCGCCCCCGGCCCGACCGCCAUGGAGCCAGGACAAACACCCCCCGCCCCGGCCCGACCGCCAUGGAGCCAGGACAAACACCCCCCCGCCCCGGCCCGACCGCCAUGAGCCAGGACAAACACCCCCCGCCCCCGGCCCGAGCCGCCAUGGAGCCAGGACAAACACCCCCCCCGCCCAUGGAGCCGACCAUGGAGGCGGACCUCACCCCGGCCCGACCGCCAUGGAGCCAGGACAAACCCCCGCCCCCGGCCCGACCGCCAUGGAGCCCAGCGGACAAGCCCCCCGCCCCCGGCCCCGACCGCCAUGGAGCCAGGACAAACCCCCCGCCCCGGCCCGACCGCCAUGGAGCCAGGACAAACCCCCCCGCCCCCGGCCCGACCGCCAUGGAGCCAGGACAAACCCCCCGCCCCGGCCCGACCGCCAUGGAGCCAGGACAAACCCCCCCCCGACCCCCCCGGACAAACCCCCGGCCGCCAUGGAGCCAGGACCCCCCAACACCCCCCCGGCCCGACCGCCAUGGAGCGGACAAACACCCCGCCCCCCGGCCCGACCGCCAUGGAGCCCAGGACAAGCCCCCGGCCCGAGCCAUGGAGCGGACAAACACCCCCGCCCCGGCCCGACCGCCAUGGAGCGGACAAACCCCCCCACGGCCCGGCCCGCCAUGGAGCCAGGACAAACCCCCGCCCCCGGCCCGACCGCCAUGGAGCCAGGACCAAACACCCCCGCCCCGGCCCGACCGCCAUGGAGCCAGGACAAACACCCCCCCGCCCGGCCCGACCGCCAUGGAGCCAGGACAAACACCCCCGCGGCCCGGCCGCCAUGGAGCCGGACCAAGCACCCCGGCCCGGCCGCCAUGGAGCAGGACAAACCCCCCCGCGCCCCCGGCCCGACCGCCAUGGAGCCAGGACAAACCCCCCCGCCCGGCCCGACCGCCAUGGGCCAGGACAAACCCCCGCCCCCGGCCCGACCGCCAUGGAGCCAGGACAAACCCCCGCCCCCGGCCCGACCGCCAUGGAGCCAGGACAAACCCCCCCCGCCCGGCCCGACCGCCAUGGAGCGGACAAACCCCCGCCCCGGCCCGGCCGCCAUGGAGCGGACAAACACCCCGGCCCGACCGCCAUGGAGCGGACAAACACCCCCCGCCCCCGGCCCGACCGCCAUGGAGCGGACAAACACCCCCGCCCCGCCCGGCGCCAUGGAGCGGACAAACCCCCGGCCCGACCGCCAUGGAGGCCAGGACAAACACCCCCCCGCCCCCGGCCCACCGCCAUGGAGCCAGGACAAACACCCCUCGCCCCCGCCCACCGCUAUGGAGCGGACAAACCCCCCGCCCCCGGCCCGACCGCCAUGGAGCGGACAAACCCCCCCGGCCCGGCCGCCAUGGAGCCAGGACUAA